UCCCCUCAAGAAAACGAUUGCCGAUGAUCAUCUAACCGAUACAUUACUGUCUAUACUGUAGUCUCUCUGAUUCCUUCUGGAUGUUCUGUCGUCGACAUCCAACAUGUCUCCUCUCAGCCAGGAACAUUGUUAGCAACGGUGCCAGGAAUUGGAGCAGUCGUCGAUCUCAUUCAUCGUUCCCUUCGUCCCAUCAGUCCAUUGCUCCGACCGCUACCGAUACCGCCACGGCUGCCUUUGCCUCUGCUGCUCCCAGAGCUGGCAGAAGGGGUGGACACCCAUCGGUGAAGAUUAUUACACUGGCUGGUCCAAGGCAACAGCAGGGCCAGCGUUCCCCUGCGCGUGUGCCUAUGCCCGCACCCGCCGCCGCCGCGCCUGCGUUUGCGCCUGCGAGUUCCCUUACUACCAGUGCCAGUGCCAGUCCCAGCACCAAUACCAGUGCCAGUGCCAAUAAUAAUACCGCCGCCAAUACCAACACCAAUACCUUGAACACAUCAUCCCCAUCUGUCCCUCCUACUCCUCCACCCUGCCCCACCAAUCCCGCCAUCGCCAUCAACAAAAUUCAGUCUCGCACCCAGCAACUAGCUGGCCACCUCUUCUCCUCUUCCCCUUCCUCUUCCUUCUCUUCUUCUUCUUCUUCCUCAUCACAUUCCGCAACAAUGGCCUCCAAAUACACCACCCGCAAGAUUGGUGCUCCCAACACCCUCGAGCACCGCAUCUUCAUCGAGAAGGAUGGCGUCCCCGUCUCUCCCUUCCACGACAUCCCCCUCUAUGCCAAUGAGCAGCAGACCAUCCUCAACAUGGUCGUUGAGGUGCCCCGCUGGACCAAUGCUAAGAUGGAGAUCAGCAAGGAGGAGACCCUCAACCCCAUCAAGCAGGACACCAAGAAGGGCAAGCUCCGCUUCGUGAGGAACUGCUUCCCCCACAAGGGUUACCUCUGGAACUACGGUGCAUUCCCCCAGACUUGGGAGGACCCCAACGUUGUUCACCCCGAGACCAAGGCCAAGGGUGACAAUGACCCAUUGGACGUUUGUGAGAUUGGCGAGCUCGUCGCCAAGCCUGGUGAGGUCAUCCAGGUCAAGGUCCUCGGUGUCAUGGCUCUCCUUGAUGAGGAGGAGACCGACUGGAAGAUCAUCGUCAUCAACGUCCAGGACCCAUUGGCUCCUAAGCUCAACGACGUCGAGGAUGUCGAGCGUCACCUCCCUGGCCUCUUGAGGGCUACCAACGAGUGGUUCCGUAUCUACAAGAUCCCCGAUGGCAAGCCUGAGAACCAGUUCGCCUUCUCUGGCGAGUGCAAGAACAAGAAGUACGCUACCGACAUCGUCCGCGAGUGCGCCGAGGCCUGGGAGAAGCUCAUCUCUGGCAAAUCCCCCCGCGGUGAGCUUUCGCUCACCAACGGCACCAUCUCUCACUCUCCUGAACGUACCGAUACCACUCAGCUCAACAUUCCCCAGGGCGAGAACAGGAGCCCCGCUCCCAUCGACCCCAGCAUCGACAAGUGGUUCUUCAUCUCUGGUGCUCCUUCCAACUAGGAGAUGGAAACGAAGAUGUACGCAAAAUCGGCGGAGAUUCCCCAGACAGUAAGCGCGCUGCAAGGCAGCCCAAAAGUCGUAGACAGAAAAUGAACAUGUCGCCUUCUUUUGAACAAACCCAACCACGGCAGAGAUAGAAUAAAUUCAUCCAAGACCAUGAUUUAUGGGAUCCAAUUAAAUU